AUGGGUGAAACACACAGAGGAACUAGAGCGAAUUUGGCAACCUAUGCUGUUGACCGAUUCCGUACACGUUCUCACGCUUAUGUUGAACCCGACGAGAGGAUUAUUCCGAAUCUCCAAGCAUGUGGCUUCGGACAUAUCAUAAAAGUCAGCAACAACACCAUAGACAGAAAAUUCAUCCUUGCCUUACAAGAGCGAUGGAGGCCUGAAACCCACACAUUUCAUCUUCCAAUAGGUGAGUGUACUGUUACUCUAGAGGAUGUUUAUAUGUUACUUGGUCUGCCCAUUGAUGGCAAGGCUGUUAAUGGAUCUGUUCAACAUGCUAAUUCAAUGUGUGUGAGAGUGUUGGGAAGAGAUCUAGUUGAGCCUACUCAAGGUUCAAGAGGCCAGGGUAUCAGUCUGGCCUCCCUUAGAGCUUACUAUGAUGAACUCUUCUUUAUGGACAACUCUACCGAGGAGCAUGUUUGGUUAAUGACUAAGGUCUAUAUAAUGCUGAUGUUUGGUAAACUUUUAUUCCCGGAGUCGACAGGUAACACUGUCAACUUUUUCUAUUUAAGUAAAUUUGAUAGUAUUAGCAAGAUUAGGAAAUAUAGUCGGGGGUCCGCCGUUUUGGCGAUGUUAUACCAGUCUCUUUAUAAGAACGCGGUUGCCGAGAAGUGCACCUUCUAUGGAUUAGCGUUCCUCCUACAAGUAUGGGGUUGGUGGAGAAUGCCGACGCUAUCCCCUGCAGGCAGGAACAACUACACGUUCUGUGGUCCUAAAUUGGAUUACAGUAAGAAUCCGAGGGGGAGUGUUGUUUUGUAUCGGGACCUAAUUGAUCACCUCCGAGCUGAAGAUUUUAAUUGGAGACCAUACUUGUUGCUGGACCAUGAGCCAAACGAGAGUGACCGGGAAGUUUGGACUGCAGUAGUACCGAUAAUAAGGUUCAACAUCGUGGAGAUGCACCAAUCUGACCGUGUGAGACUGCAGUUUGGCAUGCAUCAACCGAUCCCGGAUCCCCCCACUGAUUUGGGUCGCUGGCAUAUUAAAAGAGUUAACAAUCAAUGGGACCACACAGAUUAUCGUACAUUCGCACCUGAAUUUUGUGAGAUGUGGAAGCAGCGUCGCAGCCGUCUGCUACAAUUCCCUGUUGCCCAACUCCCCAUGUUUCCAACCGCGGGAUACCUUGCUUGGUAUAGAACAGUCACAACCCCCGAUAUGAGGUCCCAUGGGCCUCUUCUUCUUCAUUUUUACACAGGGAUGGGUGGCGCAAAGGGGAAGAAGGUUUCCAUGGUCUCAUGCUCUCGUGGAGUCGAGGAGGUGAAGAAGAAGAAUAAGGAGGUCUCUGCUGGGUCUGCUGGGCCGGACGCGCAGCCUCAGUCUUCAGGUGUGAGGGUCGUGACUAAUGUUGACAGCUCUGAGACGGAAUGGGAUAAAGACUGGUAUCAAUACCUUCAUUCAGAGGAGUUCGCGCGCCGGGAAAAAUGA